CUCAAGUCUCCGUUCACCUUCUACCUUUUGAUUCAAAGAAAGGAAUUUCGAAAUACUGAUCAAGAGCCGAUUAAGAUCAUGCGUCUUCCAUAUAUUCCUGAUCCUCCGGAAUACACAAACGAGGACGAUAAAGCCGUCGUCCAGCGAGUCAAGCAAAGACGGGGAGAGAAAGGGCUCAUCGCACUGGAUCGGACGCUGUUACAUGCACCACCAGUAGCUGAUGGAUGGAACUCUUUCCUCGGCGCCAUUCGCACAAAAACCAGUCUUUCAACUUCAGUUCGCGAGACAGCAAUAUGUCGCAUCGCUGUGCUAAACAAAGCAUGGUAUGAGUGGGAAUCGCACUCCCCUAUCCUACUCUCCGCGCCAGACGUAUCCGAGGCGCAUGUUAAUGCGGUACUCAAUUCUCCACCACGAGCGGUGAAUGAAGGUAUCCUCAACGCUGCUCACGCGGCAGUACUUUCUUAUACAGACGCCAUGACGCUUGAUGUACAGGUCAGUGACGAUAUAUUUGCAAAGGUGAGAGACUGUUUCAGCGAGAAAGAAGUUGUGGAGAUCACUGCGACAGUGGCAGCAUAUAACUGCGUAAGCCGGUUCCUAGUGGCGUUGGACGUGGGCGAGAGAAACGCACAGACGGGUCCGAAAGAAGGGGGCAAGGAGUGAAGUCGUCCUGUACGAUAUCGUAAUGUUAGUUUGAAACGAUGGAACGCAGACGGAAGAAUAAUAGGUUCAUGUAAAUUCUGAAGUUUGUUUCCGUCAGCCAAAGUAUCACGAUCUUCCUGGCCGCCUGAAAGCCUUGAUGAAGGUGACUGGCACAUUAUUGCAUCCUGGAUCGGCGUAGACAACCUAAGUGGAAGACGAAGCUGUUGAGGGCAGAACGCGAAGUUCUUGCGAUGUAUUGCUGACUUGGAGCCCAAAGCUAGACCACGGUCCGUCGUUACCUUCCCAGAACUGAGAUACGCCGGCACUAGUUAAUCAAGAUGGAAUGAAGUCUGAUGGGAU